AUGGCCCUACCGCGGCCAACACACCAGUUUACAAUCCCAUCGGUUUAUGACGACGUUCAGCUUCAAUGUAGGCUAUAUCAUCCCAUCCACUUGAAGCCCUCGGAUAAGAAAUCUACAUGGACGAAGAAAGGUGCUAUGGUAGCCCAUCCAUACGCACCUCUAGGCGGUUGCUACGAUGACCCAGUUGUGGCUAUCAUUGCGGAUGAGCUAUUGAAGGCAGGAUAUAUUGUAGGCACUUUCAACUUACGGGGCGCGGGCGGGUCACAAGGGCGAACAAGCUGGACAGGAAGACCUGAACUCGGCGAUUUUGUCUCAUUCUAUGCGUUUCUGGUGUAUUACAUCUUGGGCCUAGAUCCUAUUUCAAAGCCCUCAUCUGAUACAGCUACGGGGAGUGGCUCAGCUAGGGGCGAACCAAGCCGAGCUGAGAUUAUAGUAUCGGGGUAUUCCUAUGGGUCAAUGCUGGCUACUUAUCUACCGUCUCUAGAGAGUAUCCAAAUAGCAUUCGAAGAGCACAAGGAAGCCAAGGCGCCUGUCAAAAUUCUGCAAGAGGCCCAUAACAUGUCCUCCAAAUGGAACAGGGGCAUCGGAUCACAGGACGACGCUAACCAACCAUGUUAUCCAGCUCAUUCCAUCGAAACUACCGAGAGUAAUGAUAUCAACAUAUCAUAUCUCCUCGUGUCCCCUAUCCUACCACCAAUUUCCCUCUUUACAGCCACAGCUCUUCUUACGUCAACCUCUAAGCUCACAACAACCAUACAAGGCAAACUCCUCCAAGGUUCAGACCUCCAUACUAAGGCUUCAGAGCACCGGACUCUGGCGCUAUACGGAGACAGAGACGGCUUCACCUCGUCUAAAAGGUCAAAUGAUUUGUGUGAAGAACUGAAGAAACUAGAACACUCACGGUUCGGGAGUGUCCUGGUUGAGGGAGCAGGUCAUUUUUGGCAUGAAGAUGAAGCAGAAGUUCAGAUGAGAAACGCAAUUCGUAACUGGAUUGCGACUGACGAUAUUUAUCCAGAUCUGUAUAGCAAUACUACAAUCUGA